AUGAUAGGCAGGUCGAGUCAAAACAAGUAUGGGCCGGGUCGGGUCGUAUCAGGUUGGAUCAUAAACCAGAAACUUAAAACAAAGUGUUUUUUAAAAGCCCUAGAUCCGACAUUCUUUACAAUAUUCUUGUAUCAAAGUUUUCAAGUUUGCAAUCGUGGGAAUGAAAACACGGCGGCGGCAGUACGUCUCUCGACCUUCUUCCACCUCAACUCGACGAUCUCAACUGAUCUCAUCACCGAAAUCCUCUUGAGAUUGCCGGUGAAGUCUAUAGCGAGAUGUCGCUGCGUAUCGAAGCUCUGGAACUCCACGCUUCGCGAUCCGUUAUUCACUGAGCUCUUCUUGACCAUGUCUUCGGCUCGCCCUCGGCUCUUGUUCUCCUUGGUAGAAGACCGUGAGCUCUGCUUCUUCUCAGCACCUCAAGGUGAGAGCUCGUCUACUGUCGCCGCAGAUUAUCAUCUCCAGUUCACAUUAGAUGAUUCAUACAAAGUUUGUGGUCAUGUUCGUGGUUUGGUCUGCCUUGCUGAUCAAGAAACGGCUCAUGUGAUAUGCUGUCCUGGAUCAGUACAUGAUGCUAGAGUUUUGUCGUAUGCAAUGGAGCGUGAUUCAACAUUUCCGACUCCUCCGCCGUCCAAGUACUAUCUUGUUGAUUCUGGUUAUGCUAACACAAGAGGAUAUUUAGCUCCAUUUAGAGGUCAUAGGUAUCAUUUGCCACAUUUUCAAGUAGGCUCUCCACCUAGAGAUGAAGAAGAGUUAUUUAAUAGAUGGCAUUCUUCUCUCCGCUCAGUGAUCGAACGAACAUUUGGAGUUUGGAAGAAAAAGUGGAGAAUUUUAUCAGAGUUUCCGAGAUAUGAUCUGGAUACACAAAACGAUAUAAUCAUAGCGACAGCUGGUUUGCAUAACUUCAUUCGUCUUUCUCAAAUUCCAGAUUUGAUGAUGCUUUACAUGUUGACGCAAUUCCAAGAGAACAAUUUAAUAACAAUGGAGAAGGUGGAGAGAACGAAGAAGUAA